UUCAAAGACCUUUGAGAAGCAAAAAGCAAAUCAGUAGUAUUUCAACAGUAUAAUCCGGGCAACAACAACUAUGGCGAUGGCAGCUGCUUUUACUUCAUCAUCUGCUUUGUCCCUCCACCUCCGCCGAUCCAGGUUCCCAGAACUUUCUUUUGAUUCCAUCCCCGGAUUAACCCUUUUCCAAGAUGUCAAAAUUUUUGGUCAGCCCCUUCGUCAUGGCUCUUCCGAGCUCGUCAUAACUUCCUCAACAAAAAAGAACAUCAUAAAGGCUUCCGUUGAUGGUUUUGAUUCUGUGGGUUCAAUUUCAAUGAAGUAUGGGCUGGAUGGUGAAGAUGUGCCUAUGCCAGUUGUUAUGAUAGAUCAAGAUUCAGAUGCAGAUGCAACAAUUGUGCAAGUCAGCUUUGGGGAUCGCCUGGGUGCCCUUCUUGACACGAUGAAGGCACUGAAAGAUUUGGGUUUGGAUGUGAUAAAAGGAACUGUCACAACUGAGGGAUCUGAGAAACAAACAAAAUUUUUCAUCACAAGAUUAUCGACUGGGCGCAAAGUUGAAGAUCCUGAUCUCCUGGAGAGAAUUCGUCUAACUAUUAUUAACAACCUGUUGAAAUAUCACCCGGAGUCCAGUGAGCAGCUUGCAAUGGGUGAAGUUUUUGGGGUUAAAGCACCAGAGAAGAAGCUUGAUGUCGAUAUUGCGACGCAUAUACAAGUCAAGGAAGACGGGCCCAAGAGAAGUUUACUUUGUAUAGAGACAGCUGAUCGACCUGGGUUACUGUUGGAGAUGAUCAAAAUUAUGUCUGAUAUUAAUGUCAAUGUGGAAUCAGCAGAGAUUGAUACUGAAGGUCUGGUAGCUAAGGAUAAGUUUCAUGUCAGCUACAGAGGUGCAGCUUUAAACAAUUCACUCUCUCAGGUGCUGAUAAAUUGCCUCCGGUUCUACCUCAGGAGGCCAGAGACAGACGAUGAAAGUUAUUAACGCUACCAAUGUGUACAAUUUGUUGUUGAAAAGAACUCCAUUUUCAGUCUCGAGUUUCUACUGUGCUAGGAUUUAUGAACUAUUAUCACUCUUUGAUACUCCAACUGCAUUGACAUUUCUUCUCUGGAUAUAUAGUCUGAUGUUUGGUUAU